AUGAAGAGUGUAGGGCUGCGACGAAGGCCGCGCCACCCGGCGGCACAGAGUGCCGCGGGGCAAAGUGAUACUCCGGUGACUGUGGUAUUCCGCGUCCACACGGACAGUGUUUCCAAGGCGCCUUUUCUCUACUGUCCAAAAAACUACAACCGUCCCAUGCCUAGCGAGGGGGAGGGAUUCACAGAGGCUAUUAUUGAAAUUUGCGUCCCUGGUGACACGCAUGUUGUCAGCAGUACCGCUGGUGGUAGCGAAGACAACAUAAAUAGCAGGGGUAGGGGUGCCGGCAGUUGGACUCGCCAUUCUGGCAAGGAUGGUAGUAGCACGGUUUCGCCGGCAGCCACAGCGAUGUCACAUCUCCCAAUGGAGGCGACGUACCGGCUGCCUUUCUCGCUUGAGUCAGACGGAAGGAAAUUGACGGAGACGGUAAGUACGGUAUCGGCUUCUAGUGGUGCCGUGUCGGACUCGAACGCAUUGCGACUGCAACAGAAGCCGCGACAAGAACAAUCAUCGCCAAAAACACGCCUUAACACUUUGUCUACUGCCGUCACUUCUCCCAUGUAUGAUAGCUGGGUCUGCCGUGCGUACUGCUUUGGUGAAAAGGAUGCGAUGCACGCGAAUGGCGCAAUCAGCGUUCACCAGUCGUUGACAAGCAAAAGUCCGUUUAUCAACGACAUUGCGAAGGGCAAGGCACUGGCACGGGUGGUACCAACAUAUGAGGAGGUGCAAGAUCGGUUUGGUUUAUCACAUGUGGAGUUGUCCUUUGAAAAUCAGUCCGUGUCACGUGCCGACAUGUUUCUAAUAUCGGAGGCGCUGCGGGAUCGCAUUCUCUACGAAGGGGAGGAGGUGGCCCUGUGCGGGUUCAAAAUACGGGUGAAUGAGAUGCUCUGCGUUUUGCAGCCAGCUACAGCUGAGGGCUCGGUCGUGAGGGCGUCGCCGCAGGGCGAUAACGUCAAGAACAGCAACAGCAACAUAGCGAUACUGGAUGCCAGUGGCGAGCACAAGGCAGUGGACCCUGCCUGGACGGCAGCGAAGGCGGCAGGGCCACAGCGUGCUUCUCACGCUCCGCUUCCCCAGCAGCUGCAGUCGCAGCCGCAGCCGCAACAGGAUGAAAAGAAGGAGCGUCGCUAUCGUCGUGUGCAAAGCGGGGUUGUGACGAGGGAUACGCUGGUGAAUUUUCGUUCCCUUUCCGCUGUGCACUACAUCAUUAUAGAGAUCUCCAAGGAGAUGUGGGAUCCCACGGUUGACGGCCGUAUCACGUUGUCCUGGGUCAUGCAAAACUUCCUUAGGGAGUACUUCACACAGCAGUUGCAGAAGCACAAGGCAUCUCUCCUCAUUCAGAUCUUAAUGGUGGGUCAGCUGUAUCCACAAUACGCCAUCAAGGGACACGUUGACGUCUAUCACACGAUGUCGAUCACGCACGAUUAUCGCUCCACCUCGCUUGUGGAGGAGGUGGAACUACAGUGUGAGGUGUUUCUGCGCCGCGUGCUGUAUGAAGUGAAAGAGGCCCUUAAAAAGCGAGCGGAUGCAACGGCAAUGACAAGUGCGGAAGACACAAAGCCUGUCCCUCGUGAAGCCGCCUCCAGCGUCGCUUUCGCGGAGCUCGCCGACACACUGACGGAGCAGCAUCUCUUUGUUCACGCCAAAAACACCUGCACGAUUGCGACCAUAAAUCUUGUGCUUGAGGACUGCAUUCAGCGACAGUGGAUUGCGAACACGGGUAUUCUUAUCAGUGUGGUUUCUGCUGGAAAAGGACUCUAUCAAGUCACCAAUGACUUACUGCAAUUAACUUGUACGCGCCUCUUUAACAUUGGAAUUGAGAAGGUAAACAUUAUUUGUAUGGGCCGCCCACCGCUGCACACAACCCCGCUGCUUGAAUACUUCUCGGAGGAUAAAACACUCCGUCCACAGUACCACCUGCGCGUGGAUGAGGGUAGCCGACGCUUCUACGAGCGACCUGAAUGGGCGCGCUGCUUUUUUUACCACCCCGCUGCGGACGCCACGUCGUGUGGUCUCAUGGCGUUUGAACUUUUGACGAGGGAUGAAUGGAUGCGGCGGCACCGUGCGGUGCAGGGGAAGACGUCUCACUUUGUUCCAGGCCUGGGAUUGCAGAUGGCGCCGCUGGAGGACGUCUUAUUGCCAGUGAUGGGAACACAACAAAUAGGACAGGUAUCCUCCACCUUUGCACGGGCGUCAGACUUGGAUGCGUUCUUCACCCCAACGUUUUCUCCUGCAGUUUCAGUUCCGUUGGAGGGUGAAUGGGGAAAAAACCACUCAUUACGUUUUGACCACUCUUAUGACGUACCCGCCACAGCGUACCCGCUUGCGCCUGUUGCUGAAACGAGCGGAGAACGUGAAGACAGAAUGCGAGGCGAGAGGUUUGGUGUACGUCGAAAUACUGAUGAAUUGUGCCAGGAGGAUGAUGCCAAAACGUGCACCACGCUCAAGCAAGGCGGCCGUCCGUUUCUUUUUGCCAGUUGGUACUGUCACCACGGCUGCGCGGUGAGUCGCCAGCAGGUAUUAAGUCGCGAAUGCAUGUACAACGUCAUCAUCAACCAUACUCAGGAGAGUACGGGGGUUGGGCGCACAAGACAGAGCAGGAUGGGGCUGGAGGCGGCUGGCAUAGUCCCCUGCGGGCUGAACAUUCUGGACAGCGAUCUUCAGAGCGGAUACGUCUUCCUCAGACUUUGCAUUGAUACAUCUGUCGCGCCUCAGGUGCGUUGGUCGCCAAAAAUUCUCACAGACAUGGAUCUGUGGACCGUGUUGAUGGGUGCCUUUUCAGGCGCGGGUAACUGCCUUGCAGAGGAGGAGCAGCCUCACUUUGUCUCACAUUUGCGAGCAGCAGAUAUUUUUUGCCGCACCUUAUCCGCCAUUAUGACGGACGAGCGCACGCUGAUCUUGGCGUCGCAUAGCUGCAAGGUGAAGUUUUUGACACCGGAGGAAGUUAUCUUCACAUUUCGCCCCGCGUUGUUUGUGGCCGCCGACGACGUCACACCGUUUUCCAUGACCGUUGCACACGUGCAGAUACGCAACAGUGUUUUGUUUGCAAUCAAGCCGACAAGUCCUUACCGCUCAGCGACGGAGGGUGAGACGGCGGCCGCUGCCUCGCACAACAUUACCACCGAUGUGUUGCUGCGUCGGCGUUGGCAGUUUGCCCACCCCGAGUUGCCAUCCACUGCGGCGCAGCAAUCUCCAUGGACGGCACUGUGCCACUGCAAAAUUCUUCCAAUUUAUGGAACCAUGUCACCCUACCAGCGUGACUGCUUUUUUGGCGUUCCCACUCAUCAAUACUCCGUCUCUAUUCGAGAGAGUAUGCAGUUGCUGGAGUACGUGUUACAACGGUUACACCAACAAUACCAGAUUGUCGUAGUUGGCUCAUCUUUGGCAGGGGUACGGUGGCCUCGGGAAGACCCCACACGAAAUGCUCGGCUGGAUUUGUCAAUUGGUCAUCAGGUUCACGAGUUAAAGAUAUGUGAGACGGGGCAGAGCAUUUCAGUUACUCGCAUGCUACAUAGCGGCAUGUACAGUAAUGUCUCUGUGACUCAGAUGGUGUCUUAUUCCUACCUCCUUUUGAACUAUCUGCGGCCUGGCUUCAGUGUGCGCACGUUGCAGCUGGAGACACAUAUUGGGGCGAAGGCUGCUUUCCGAUGGGAGAGCCUUGACUCCUACCUCCGCGACCGGUGUCGCUCGGAGGCGUUCCUCCCGCGUAACCCGGAGUGGUCGUUGCGUGAGGGUAAGCUAUGUCUUGCUUUGCUGCCAGACGCGUUUGACGCCCCACCUGUUUCUUACGCGGAGUUUGCCGCAUUUAUCAACCACCGCUUUUGCGCGCACUUCACGAUGAAGGGCACUGUAGGGGGGGAGGAGGAUAGAUCAGGUCUGACAACCAACGUGCCAGACACGCUGGACUGGCCAGACCCCAUGCCUACUCGCAUCAUGAUGCUCAACCACGAUAAUCCCCUGACGCCUGAGCCGCAGUGCUUGCUGGACCACAAGACAGGGCUAACUCUUUGCCUGGAGGCGCCCACGCGGAACCGCAUGCUCUCCACUGAGGUGAGAAUACCGGCAACGUAUAGCCCCAGGUGUCACUGCUUACUACAGUUUUCGUGGUUGGUUUGCAUUACACCGAUAAUUUCCGAUUGGAUCCGUUCGAUUGUUGCGGGUGCUGCGCGCUUCCGACUGCGGGCGGUGCCUCUCCCUUGCCCGUGUUCGACUACAAAGAGUGGUUUCUUCGUGGUCAGGUACACAGUGCGGGCCCGAAAUGAGGAGGAAGAGCCACGUUUUCGCCGGUGUUUGCUUAGUCUUCUAACGAACGACACAUAUCGAUAUUUUCCCGAUGUAACUGUAAUGAAUCGCAACUGUCGAUUGCUGCAUUUUAGCGGUCUGUGUUAUGUGACGUCUCAGUCGGAGGGGACGGUGGUGGCGAGAUGGUUUGAAAACCCGAUGCUGCGUACUGGGCAGCCGGAGCACCAGCAGUUAUUGCGGGACUUCACCCAGGCAGUGCAACUUGUGCGUCGCCAGGUUGAAUCACCUUGA